AUGCCUAUUCUUGAUAAUGAAAUAAUAUGGAUUGCAUUUACUGAUAUAACUAUUGAAUUGAAAACUUAUCUUGAUGCUAGUAUUAGCUAUUAUCUGGUUGCAUCAGCUAUAUAUAACAAAUUAAUAGAAUAUUGGGACUAUUACUUCGAUGUUAAUUCAGCUAUUCCAGUGGUUUUGGAUCCCAGAACCAAUCUUAGUAAUUUUUCACAAGAUCAAGUUGAAUUAGUGAAAUCAAAAUUUCAACUUAUUUUACAACCAUAUCAAUCUAAUAGUCUUGGUCUUGGUCAAGCUGAAAACAUGAUAGAA